AUGAGUGAAAGUGAUAUUUGCGAUAAUUUUUUUGAAGACACCACAUAUGAGACAAGUGACAAUAUAUCAUCAAUCAGUUCUAAUAGUGGAGCCACUUCUACAAUUUUUUCUGAUCAAUCGAACGUUGCAAAAAAAAUCAAGUUAAACCAUCCAAAGCCUAGACGGCAAUAUACAAAGUCUAGCUGGGUAUGGAAACACUUUACUUUAAGCAAAGACAAAGUAUACUGCAUAUGUACGGUUGAAAUAACAAAAUUGAGCAAUAAAAAAGUUAAAUGUGGUCAUAAGCUUCUUUAUGAUGAUGGUACAGGAAAUAUGAGCAGCCACCUUCAAAUUAAACAUAAUUUACAUGAAAAACGAAAUAAAAACCAAGAUCGUACUACUCAGCAAACAUUAUUAGAGACAAUUGAAU